GCAGAUGUACAGAGGAGGAGCCAAAUCUGUUGUUAGAUGGAAAGAUAUCAGAGCUUCACACACCUGCUGAGAACAUCAAGAUGAAUCGUGUGUUUCUGGUCCUGGGCUUCGUCCUGAUCAUGGCGCUCUUCUCAGAUGCUCAGGAAGCUAUAAAAGUUAUUGGAGAAGUCGAGCCUUGCUGUUUCAACUUCUUCGAUGGAAAAAUUCCUCCCAAAAACAUCCUGCAGGUUAAACAGACAGGCUCACACUGUCCACAGCAAGGCUGCAUUGUUACUACUCCUAAAUAUCCCAAUCUGUGUGUUCGUAAAGUCAUCGUCAAAGGCUGCACACCUAAAGGCUUCAACUAAGAUCACACUGCAAGAUACACACACACACACACACACACACACACACACACACACACACACACACACACACACA